AUGGCACAGUCGCAGUGGAGCGUGAAGGAUGUCUGCUGUGAGAUGCGGGAUUGCAAAGCCUUGCUUGAAGCACGGCAGGGAACAUCCCCGAGCUCAGAGUUCUUGGCAAGGAUCAAAGACACAAUCGGCUUCAAGCUUCGCUCCCUGCCGCAGCUCUCAGCUGCUGAAGCUUUGGAGCUGCACAAGGUCUUGGGAGAAGUGGACUUCGGAGAGCCGGUGGCUGCUGCUCUCAGCCAGCAAAUCGACGAGAAGCUGCUUCAAACGACGGAGCAGACAACGGUGGUUUCCUUGAAGCAGCAGUCUCUCCCGAACAUGCAUCUGUUCUUGACUGCCCAAGACUGGGCACUUCUUGAAGGAGAUGGUGCAGAUUGGUGGGCCAAGCAAAGGUGCAUCGUCCAGCGAUUGAAGAAGCUUGGUGUAAAGUCUUUGGCUGAGAGCACAGUGCGAAGCUGUGUUUCCAUUCUGCUUUCGACUGUGACUGUGCUGCCGCACCCAGACGAUCAGCAUGCAGCCGUGCUGGAGUUCAAAGGCUGCUUUCACAGUAUGGAGAACGUGGAUGACCUGCCGUACCUCGUGCGGUUCCCCGAGCAGCCGAGUGGCUUGCCUCCUGCUUUGCUGCAAAGCGCCUACACGGAGGCAGAACCUCCAGUGGCAAAAAGCAUUGCAAGGCUGGCUUACAUUGCCAAGGCCCUUCCUGUCAGGGAUACCCACAGCUCCCUGUCAGCGAAUGCGGGCAAGAGCAAGAAGAGGCCGCCAGCUACUCCGCAGCAAAGCCCAGCAGCUUCAACAGCCUUGCCUGUUUCGCCUUCGUGGCAACGGGGCGCCGGUGGCAGCAACUGGGCGGCUUCAGAAGCUUCCAACCCCAUGCAAGGCUUCAUGGGCAUGUGCAAUGAAAUGGUCAAGUGCAUGCAGAGCUUCCAAGCUGUCCAACUGCAGAUGAAUAGUCGGCAGAAUCCUUCUCAGUGCUUCCAGCAGCAGGCCGAGCACUUCCAACCGAAGCCAAAAGAGCUCAAGGCUGGAGUGGCAGCCCCUUCGCAGCUUUCCACCUGCAACGAGUCCGGACAAGGCACUACAGAGAAGCUUCUUGCUUUGCCAGCCCUAGCACCCAGCCCUGCAGAGCCAACAACUGCAGAAGAGGAGGCUCGCGACCCCGAGCCACAAGGAGUUCCUGGGCUGUCGCCAGAAGAACAACUCUUCGAGUCUCUGAAGGCAAAGCAAGCCAAGGCCAAGGCCAAAAGCAAGUGCAGUGCCAAGCCCAAGGCGAAAGGCAAAGUCUUCAAGAGACCACAAGCAGCUCCAAGUGCUUUGGCUGGCGGCUCCAAACUGCCGAAGUACGUCCCAGAAGCUCCUAGCGCUGUGCAGCUCAGUUCUCGAAGAGAGUGCUUUGUGGACAAGCACUACCACAAGGCAAAGAACAUCGCCUUGAAGGCUGGUGUUGGCAAUGGCAGAGCAUAUGAGUAUGCAAGGUGCUCAGCCUUGAUUUUACCUGCUGCAUCUUUGUCCAACCUCAACAUCGCAUGCGAAAAAGCGCCUAAGUUCUGCCAGCGGUUCAGCCACAGACUGCUUCAAGAAAUAGAAGCCAAUGGCUUACCUGGCUUGAAGCAGCGGAAGCACAUAAAAGAAUGCACUGCGAAGCAGGUGCAGCAGCAUGCCGCUUACGGCCCGAUGAUUCUGAGUGUUUCCACUCCGGGAGCUGGCGGCUCCCAGAUUGAGCUUGUCAUGACGAACCUAUUUUCAAUGCUUCAGGCAUUUAUGAUGGAAUGCAAGCCAUGGCGAGACAUGUUGUUGAGCUGCAUGGCGGCACACGGCACUUUGACUUUCAUGCUAUACUCCGACGAAAUCAAUCCAGGAAACCCCUUAGCCAUCGAGCAGAAUCGCAAAUUUGUUUGCUUCUACGGAUCCUUCUUGGAACUGGGACCGAUCCUGUUGGCGAAAGAAGCUGCUUGGCUCCCUCUGUGCUGCCAACGGUCUGUACUGGUCAACUCGCUGCCUGGAGGAGUUAGCCAAUUGGCUUCAUGCAUUCUAAAAAGUAUCUUCAGAAGCAGUGUUUGCGACCCCAUGCACACUGGUGUCGUCCUCAAAGAUGCAGAAACAGGACAGCUGCAUCGACUCCGCUUUCGUCUUGGAUGUUUCCUCCAAGACGGCUUGGCCCACAAGCAGCUUUUCAGCAUAAAAGGGGACAAUGGCACGAGGUGCUGUAUUUUAUGCCGUAACAUUCUUGCAGCUCGUGCAGGCGACUUGGAUGAUCUGGAAGAUUUUGUGCUUAGCAGCGACGUCUUCAAGGAAGAGCAACUCGUCCAGAAUACUGAUGCAGACUUCCGCCGGUCAGUCGAGACCAUGCAAAGCAAGAAGCUUGAAAUGACUGCGAAUGAUUUCCAGCUUUGGCAGCAAGCCACUGGCAUAUCGUAUCACCCUGAGGGGCUGAUCUUUCAAGACAGCUUGAAAGACAUAGUCAUGCCGAUCUCCCAGUGGCUACACGACUGGAUGCACUGUUAUUUCCAGAAGGGCAUCUGGAAUACAGUCAUGCAUUUGACGAUGGCUGCAAUAGCUUCAGAGCUGGACGUGGACUUCUAUGCCCAGUGUCAGCAGUACUUCCAAGCUUGGACGUUGCCCAAAGCCAGGAGCGAGUCUUUGUGUGGCAUGUUCUCUGCCAAACGGAAAGAAGCCAACAAGGCUGCAGGCACUUUCAAGGCCACGGCUUCGGAAGGUCUCAGUUUGUAUAGUCUGUUCGGUUUCAUGCUGGUGCAAGUGGUGGCGCCGCUGGUGAAGUGCAGCAACGUGAUCAAAGCUUACACCGGGCUUGUCAAUGUCAUUGAACUGAUUCAAGCAAUACCCCUGGACAAAUGCAAUGCAGAUGAGCUCCGGUAUGCCAUCAGCUUUUUUUUGGAUGCUUGCUUAGCUGCCGGAUACCGAGGGUUUUUUCACCCCAAAUUCCACUGGCAGCUGCACAUGCCGAGCCAACUGGCACGGUUUAAAUGCAUGCCCAGUUGUUGGGUUCACGAGCGAAAGCACAAAGUCGCAAAGCGGUUCGGAGCUCCCAUGGCCAACACAGCAGCAUUCGAACGAUCAUUGUUGCUUGAAGUCAUUGGCCACCAGAUGGCGGAACUCAAGGAGAACUACGUCUUUGACACUUCUGCCAGAUUGGACAAGGCAUGCAAAGCAUCGCAGAAAAUGAAGCAGUUUCUACAAGAUUACAUGGGGAGGCUUUCGGAUGACAUCCAAACUUGUGCCCGGGCCCACCUGUCGCCGGCCGGGCAAUGCCAAAAAGCUGAUGUAGUGCUUCUGAAGCAUGGGCUGGUCAUUGGCGAAGUUUAUUUUCACGCGACCUUCGGCGAUCGAGUGCUAUCUUUGCUGUCACUGUGGGAAAAGCAGACGUUUGAGGCAUGCAAAGGCUGUGGCGUUUUCAAGAAGCAACAUGCUCCCAUGCUUGUGGACACCGCAGACAUAGCUUGUGCUCUGCCUUUCUGCCAUUUGAAAGGCGCCAUGUACAGAGUCUUCGUUCCCUUGGCAUACAGGCGGUAA